AAGUUUCAGCAUCCGACCACCAUGUGCUCCAUGUGGCUCAUGGCUUCAUGGCUCAUGGCUUUUGUGGCCGGCUCCACUCUCGCAGACUACUGUGGGGAUCACAAGGUGCCAUUUGGCAUGGAGGUGCACAAAAAUGGCAAUGUGAACAUUUUGUGCUCGCGGCCCAGUUGUCACGAGAAGAAGUAUGCAGAAUGCCCGGAACGAGCGACUUCAACGACAUGCUCCACCAAUUCCUCGUGGGUCGGGGGAGUAACUCAACAUUCUGACGGAAGUCUGCGGCUUAUGUGUUGUGAAUAUGACCUUCUUCCCACAUAUUCAACGAUUCAGUAUGAGAAACUUACUAUCCGCACUGGCGAGUAUUUCGAGGGCGAUGAGCAAAUGGAAGGGGAUGUUGUGACGGCUUUUGACCUGAUUGGCAAUAUUGAGCAAGUCAAAGAGCCCGAUGGAAAAUACUCCUACAAUCUCCUCAUCUACCGCUAUCAUUGCGGAAAUAUUCCCGACACACCGCCGGCAUGGUACAUGAAGAAACAGUGGCCGUAUUGGGAAAAAUGAACGAUUUUUCGGCGGGAAUAAUUUAUUUUUUUAUGUUUUUCUAUGCGUUUUCGGGUGUUUUCGGGUUGCUAAGCGAUUGGUUGCCUUUUUGAAUCACUAGUCUUGGUUUUUGUUGUUUCUGUGAAUGAAUAAUUGGUUUUUCGAGGUUUUUUUGUCAAACAUGCCUAAAAAAUAAAUUAUGACGUUU